ACCCUGAUUCCAUCAUGGAAGAGAGAACUUUUAUCUUCACAGAUAGCCCUCAGGUCAAGCUGCUAUAACACAAACCCAAUUGUCACACUGUUACCCCACUCAUUCCUUGAUUAGUAUUCUUUUAUUUCCCUGACAAAAAAAAAGGGAAAUAUGAGAAUGGUUGCUCAGGAAAUGGGUAUCCAAAAUGGCAGCCACAUCUAGGAUCAAUGAAGGUCUCAAAAGCAGACAGGUUUUAGAAGAACAGUUGAAGAUAUGUGGCUUUAGGAACGAUACAGAAGUCACAGAUUUGUACCUCGGUGAAAAAGGAUUAAGGGAAGUUCCUGAUUUAUCACAAUUCCAGAUACUAAGAUGCUUAUGGCUAAAUAAUAAUAAGAUUCAGAAUCUGCCCUCCCUGAAGCAUAACUGCUGCCUGACUGAAUUGUAUCUCAAUGAUAAUGAAAUCCGAAGUAUAACAGGUGCUCUGAGACAUCUGCAUUCCUUAAAUAUUCUGCUGCUUCACAACAAUCAGCUGAAAAACCUAGAGAUGACUGUGAAGGAGCUGGAAAGAAUGCACAACCUACGGACCUUAAACCUGUUUAACAACCCCGUGUCACAAGACUGCAGAUAUCAUCUGUAUGUAAUAUACCACAUUCCUUCUGUAACGCUGCUUGACAGAAAAGAAGUAACCACAAAAGAAAGAGAAUCAGCUCUGCAUAUUUACAACCAUCGGAAGACACUUGUCCUCCAAUCAAUAGGCUUUGGGAAGAGAAUAGAUGUUCCACUAUUGCCUAAGCCAGCAUUUAGCCUGACGACUACCAAAGUGUUGCGUUUGCCUCCAGGAUGCGAGUUUGGAAAUCACCUGGUUAAAAUCCCAUUCGAAGAUCCAGAAGAUGCUGUCCAUGUGAGGGCAAUGAACCGUUCCGUAAUGGAGUACUCAACUUUUAACUGGGGAAAAAUGCCCACGUCUGAAGAAAAAUGCCUUGGCAGCAAUCCCGAAAAGAGACCAGAGAGACUGACUGUCAAAUUCAGAUAAUUAAACCUUUCCUUUAAAAAAGCAGUCUUU